UCUCAGACUUGAUAAAUAAUAACAAUAGACCGAAGCUAUGUGAACGGCACGAGCGACACAUCGCGUCUUCCUCGUUCUCGCUCGUUCUCGUUUACUUGUUCCGCGCAACAAGUUCUGUUUUGUGCGUCGAUCUGCAACGAUGUGAUAACCUAAACCUAAACAGAAACGUCGCCAUUUCGACGAUCUUGGAGGCAGGCAGAUCGAGAAAGUGUUCGACAGAUGAGAGCGAUCUAGCAGUGAAGCGGAUCAAGAACUCCUGCAGAAUGUUCUGUUGGGGCAGUACUAUUCACGGGGAGCUGGGUUUGGGCGGUAUCGAGGAUGAGAAUAUUUUUAUGCCAAGGGAAGUGGAUUUUGCAGAAGCCAACAAUGUCGAACAAAUCGCGUGUGGAGAAAAUUAUACCGUAGCUAUUACGAAAGAAGGUCAAGUAUAUUCCUGCGGUAAUAACGACUAUGGACAGCUCGGUCAUGAGAAGGCAAGGAAAAGGUUACAACUGAUACCUGGCCUAGACGCAUUUGUAUUCAGAAAAAUAGCGUGUGGUAAUUGUCAUACUUUGGCUGUAAAUGAGUGGGGACAACUUUUCAGUUGGGGUUGUAAUAUGAACGGUCAACUAGGAUUAAAUAGCGUCGAUUGUACAGAGCGUGUUCCACGUAUGAUUAAAGUAUUAGGUACAAAUGUGAUAGUGCAGAUUGCUUGUGGUGUAGAGCAUUCGAUCGCUCUAACUAACGACGGAGAGCUGUAUGCGUGGGGUAGUAAUAGAGAGGGACAAUUAGGAUUAGGGUCAUACACGGUGACUGAAAUAAAACCGAAAAGGAUUUCUACUUUAGCUGCCGUACCAAUUGCAUUUAUCGCAUGCGGCGGUUAUCACACUAUAGUCAUAUCAAAAUCAGGAGCUGUAUUCUCGUGGGGGAGGAACACCUUUGGACAAUUAGGAUUAAAUGAUAUACAGCAGAGGAAUUUACCAUGCCAGUUACGUACUCUGAGAAACGCGAAAGUAUGCUAUGCGGCAUGCGGCGAGGAAUUCUCAUUAUUUUUGACAAUGGAUGGUGGAGUGUUUACAUGUGGUGCUGGAAUGUAUGGUCAAUUAGGUCAUGGGAAUACUACAAAUGAGAUUUUGCCGCGACAAGUUAUGGAGCUAAUGGGUAGCACGGUAACACAAAUAUCUUGUGGUAAAAGGCAUACAUUGGCCUUAGUGCCAUCUAGAGGGAGAGUUUACGCUUGGGGUUUAGGAGGUGCUGGACAAUUAGGCAAUCGUGCUUCACAGAGUGCUACAACACCACAAGUCGUUCUAGGACCUUGGUCUUCGCCGAGCGGAUCAUCGGUGAUGCUCGACCUACAUUAUAGCCCUCAAAUCGACUGUGUUGUUAAGCAUAUCUACAGUGGAGGCGAUCAUUGCUUUGUUACGAUCAGUCACAAAAAAGAUAAUAUAGAACCAAGCGACUGUAGAAUAUUAGGGCCGACUUCCCAAAUUCUUACAGUGAUGGAAGAAAAGCUAACCGAAUGUCAGAAGAUCCCACCAGGUUCACCGGUGAAUCAUGAAUUAAUGACGUAUCUAGAAACUGUAUUCAAAAGUCAAGCAUGUAUAAAUGCGUCCUUUUUGCUCAGUAAUGAUGCGCAUUAUGGAUGUUCGAGCAAGCAUCACGGAGUCAAUAUCGACUACGCGAUCAGAUUAUUUGGAAUUAUCUCAGAACUGGACAACGGCACGAUUCAAGAACUGAUUUUUACAUGCGUAACUGACAGUCUGAUACCAUCAUUUGUUGACUCUCCACCCGAUGUGGAGUCCUUAAGAGUAUACUUAACGCUGCCGCUAUAUCAUCGCUUCGCAAAUCUGUCCAACUAUAGCUCUUUGCAAACGCCAUUCUGCAAGGCGGUAUUGAAAUUGAAGGCUGAGGCUUGUAAGAUCGUAGGCAUGUGGUGGAGCUCAGCCCCUCCGUAUUACUUCGAGAGACUCGUGAGAAUGUACAAGUCUGUGGUGCUGCACUUUGUGAAACAAUCGACGGCGGAUAAAGCCAUCAUGUGGACUGAAAGUCUGCAAUGUGCUUUACAACUGUUAGGACUAUUAUAUAAACUAAAUAUCAUAGCUGGUAUACGAGUACUCCACGAGACCUUCCACUUGUCAGAAUUAUCGGAAUAUGUAGACAUUGCUCGUGAAUACUGCAAAUGGCUGACAGAAGAAGAUCGGUCUUUCUACCGUAAAAUAUACUUCUGCAAUUAUCCUUUCCUGUUCGAUGCCGAGGCAAAAACAAAGUUGCUUGAAACCGAUCAAUCUAUACAGAUGCAAUCCGCGAUGAAUGAAGUGGCAUCACGAGUUGUGAGAGAUAUAAUGCUCGGAACACCUAGCCUGAACUUUCAACAGUAUAGUCAAUUUGUAAUAUUACACGUGUCACGGGAUAAAAUAGUCAACGACACUCUGGAUCAACUGCUGAAGUAUGAUUCUAAAGAGUUGAAGAGACCACUUAGAGUUAAAUUCCGUAAUGAAGAGGCUGAAGAUGUGGGUGGCGUGAGAAAAGAGUUUUUUAUGCUUCUCUUCGCAGAGAUUCUCGAUUUUAAAUACGGUAUGUUCAAAGAAUACGAAGAAACAAGGACAAUUUGGUUCAGUUCGGAUUCAUUAGAAGAAGAAAUUAUGUAUUUUCUAAUCGGCGUCCUCUGCGGCUUGGCCAUUUAUAAUUUUGUAAUUAUCCAUUUGCCAUUUCCAUUGGUCAUGUAUAAGAAACUUUUAGGAGAAUCGGUCGGGCUAAGUGAUAUCAAGGAAAUGUCACCGACAAUAGCUAGAAGUUUAGAAAGUAUUCUCGAAUACAACGAAUCGGAUUUUGAAGAAGUAUUCGGUUUGGGCUUCGAAAUAAGUAGAGAAGUGUUUGGCGAGCUGAAAAACUUCGAAUUGAUACCCGGCGGUGAUAAAAUUCCUGUAACAUUAAAAAAUAAGCAACAAUACGUUGAUCUUUAUGUGGAUUAUAUAUUAAACAAAUCAAUAGAAACGCAAUUCAAAGCGUUUCAUAAAGGCUUUCAUAAUGUAUGCGGUGGAAGGGUGUUAGAGCUAUUUCGUAGUCAUGAAUUGAUGUCGCUUCUCAUCGGCAAUGAGAAUUACGAUUGGGAAGAAUUGGAGAAGAAUGCCACUUAUAAGGACUGCUAUUCUAAAAAUCAUCCUACUAUCAUGCUCUUCUGGCAGGUCUUUCAUGAAUUGCCGUUGGAGGAGAAGAAGAAAUUUUUACUUUUCUUAACAGGCAGUGACAGAAUACCUAUACAGGGUAUGAAAGCUAUAAAAAUAACGAUACAGCCAAUGACUGACGAACGUUUUUUACCGGCUGCACAUACAUGUUUUAACCUUCUCGAUUUGCCACGUUAUCAAACUCGUGAAAGAUUGAAAUACAAAUUAUUGCAAGCUAUCCAACAUAAUAAAGGAUUCUCACUCGUGUGAGAUCAUGAAGCGCCUAAACAAGCUCAAUGACUAAUUACAUAAUAAAAUGUAUGAAUCAACAAUGAAUUGGAAGAAUAUGUAAAUUUAAUAGUCUUUUUUAUUAUGAUAAUAACCUAUAAAUGAAUUAUG